AUGCAGCUCAUCAUUGUCUCGACUGGUGGCAAGGACUCUGAGGCUAACCUUCGAGUGAUGUUUUCGCAGUGGAGGAAAGAUCAUUGGUUCCUGCUUACCAGGGAAGGAUCCGAAGUCGAAGUGGCCAUUUGGAAUGAGACCUACACUGCUGGACGUGUUUUUGAGUGCUGCAGUUUAAAUCUGCUUUCCAAACUUGCCGAGCGUUUCUCUGAACGGAGUUAUGAGGGUGGUUUCAGGGAGCUUAAAGGCACAGUUCACGAUAAUUUGGGUAGUCCAGAUUAUGAUGAAAAAUGGACGACAAGGUCGAAAAUAGUGCGAUGA